AUGGAUCAUGAAGCCAGUGCACGGAAUCUCUUGGAGCACAUUCUACUUGAUGAAAGUGAAGAUCCUACAAGCUUUCCUAUAUGGCUUCUAGAAUCCAUCACGGAUAAUUUCUCUAAUGAUCACAAAAUUGGCAGUGGUGGGUUUGCCGAUGUUUACAAGGGCCUACUUAAAAAUGGUAUAGUAGCUGUGAAGAAGCUCAAGCUAUCAGAAAUGGUUGAUGUGCAUGAGACGAAGUUUAUCCAAGAAGUUAAUAGUCUGAUGAAGGUACUUGAAAGUUGGAGUAAUAGGUUCAAAACAUCGGAUGGAGGCACAUGGCUGGAACAUGUAAGAGUGUGCGCUGAGAUAGGCUUGGAUUGCGUGGACUCUGACCCAGCAAAGAGACCAAUGACCAGGCAUAUAAUUGAAAGGCUUGCCGAAUUGGAACGCACAUGUGGUUUUAUUGAAAUUGACCACUCAGUAGCGCAACUUCUCAAAGACAAGUCGAUAAAGGAAGGCUCCAAUUCAAGCUCAAAUAUUAGCGGCCUUUCCAUGGACUGUUAUCCUCAAAGUCGUCCUGUCACCCAGCAAUCUGAAGGAACUGUGUUCAAUCGCAAAUUGUACAUGCACCAGAUCUUUGACGGACCAGACUAUAACCAUGUAAAUAUUGCAAAUCUAGGGCAACCUCAGAUGUUUGGUUGCACAAAUGUCCAUGACUAUCCCAUAUAUGAUAGUCUUCACCCCAACGCAAAGAUUGUUGCACGUGCACAAGGUCUGCAUACUGAAACUUGUCUGGACUAUGAUAACUGGUUCCACUGGAGCAGGCUAGUGUUCUGCGAUGAAAGUUUUGAGGGGUCAAGUUUUAUCGCAAUAGGAGAUCAAAAUAAGAUAACAGGAGAAUGGGCUAUUGUCGGUGGGACAGGAGUAUUUGCUUUUGCAAAAGGAACAAUCACAAUCUGUAGAGUACAAGAUAGUGGAUCCUCGAACAUAAAGGAGAUCUGUAUCCGUGCAUUGGGCUUCACAGGACAGGCCACUCCAAUUGAGAUUAAGUCUUUCAAGGACAAUAUGAUAAAUGUUGAUUCCAAAGCAACCUCCAAUGCAUGCAGCCCUUCGAUGGCUAGUCCAAAGAGUGGUCCUCUAACCCCACAGUCCCAGGCAACUGAGUACAUUCGCACAUGGUACAUGCACCAGAUCAUCACUGGGCCAGACUAUAACCAAGUACCUAUAGCAAAUCCAGAGAAGCCUGAGAUGUUUGGUUAUACCAAUGUGCAUGACUACCCCAUAUAUGAUAGUCUUGGCCCCGGCAAGAAGAUAGUUGCACGUGCACAAGGUCUGCAUUCCAAGACUAGUAUGAACAAUGGUGGCAGCUGGCUCCACUGGAGCAAAGUAGUCUUUGACUAUGAAAGAUUCCAGGGGUCAAGCUUUAAUGCAAUAGGAAAUCAAGAAGGCGAAUGGGCUAUCGUUGGAGGGACCGGAGAGUUUGCUUUUGUGCAGGGUACCGUUACCACACAUAGAGUACGAGAAAGUUGGCCCUCAAACAUCAAGGAGAUUCGUAUCCAUGCAUUCUGCUACCCACCGACCACACCAGUUGAGACUAAUAAUAAGACUUUCGAGGACGGGAUGACAAUCAUUGGUUCCAAUGCAAUCUCAAAUGUGUCCAGCCCUAUGGCCAAUACUAAUCCACAGAGUGCUCCUGUAACCGCACAGUCCUUGAGAAAGUAUAAUCGCAUACUGUAUAUGCACCAGAUCAUCAGUGGGCCAGACUAUAACCAAGUAAAUAUAGCAAAUCCAGGGCAGCCUGAGGCGUUUGCUUACACCAAUGUGCAUGACUACCCCUUAUACGAUAGUCUUGGCCCUGGUAAAAAGCUAGUUGCACAUGCACAAGGCCUGCAUACCAAGACUAGUAUGAGCUAUGAUGGCUGGUUCCACUGGAGCAGCAUAGUGUUUACUGAUGAAAGAUUCCAGGGCUCCAGUCUUAAAACAAUAGGAAAUCAAGAAGGCGACUGGGCUAUUAUGGGUGGGACAGGAGUGUUUACUUUCGCGCAGGGUACCGUCACCACCUGUAGGAUACAAGACACUGGGUUCUCAAACAUCAAGGAGAUUCGUAUUGAUGCACUAUGUUGCACACCAGUUAAUGGAGUACUUCCCUAA